AUGUUCGUCAAGAUCUGCUUGGUGGCCCUGUUCGGCAUAAGCUGCACGGCGUCAACAUUCGGCCACAAGGAUCAUCAUGCUGGGGAUGUGUUUACCAGUUCCUUCCUGGUGCGCUUCAAACGCAGCUUGGACAAGCAGCUGGUGCACGAGAUUGCGAACCGGAAUGGAUUCCAAAAUCUGGGCGAGCUUCCGGGCAGCAGCGGCAAGGAGUUCCACUUCAAGCAUACCACUCUACCAUUGGUACGCACCAGGCGCAGCAUCUCCCAUACGCGAGUCCUUAAAAAGGAACCACUGGUACACACGGCCGUACAGCAGCCCGGAUUUAAGCGCGUCAAACGUGGCUUUCGCCACGCGGUCCCACUCAACUACAUCCCGGACAAGGGCCCAGCGUACGGAGGCGAAAACGUACCAACCGAUCCGUACUUUCCGUUCCAAUGGUACUUGAAGAAUACAGGACAAAACGGGGGCAAAGCCAAACUCGACCUCAACGUACUCGCUGCGUGGGACCAAGGAAUUACUGGGAAAAACAUCACAACCGCCAUCAUGGACGACGGCGUCGAUUAUAUGCACGCGGACCUGAAGUUUAAUUAUAACGCCGAAGCCAGCUACGAUUUUAGCAGCAACGAUCCGUACCCGUACCCACGGUACACGGACGAUUGGUUUAACAGCCACGGUACGAGAUGUGCCGGUGAAGUGGCCGCUGCCCGAGACAACGGUAUCUGUGGCGUUGGUGUGGCGUACGAUUCGAAGAUCGCCGGAAUUCGCAUGCUAGACCAACCGUACAUGACCGAUCUGAUCGAGGCGAACUCGAUGGGUCACGAACCGCACAAAAUCCACAUCUACAGUGCGUCCUGGGGUCCGACCGAUGAUGGGAAGACGGUUGAUGGGCCACGGAAUGCGACGAUGCGAGCGAUCGUACAGGGGGUGAAUGAGGGCCGGAAUGGGUUGGGAAAUAUCUACGUGUGGGCUUCCGGUGAUGGUGGUGAAGAGGACGAUUGCAACUGUGACGGAUAUGCGGCGUCGAUGUGGACCAUUUCGAUUAACAGUGCGAUUAAUGAUGGCCAGAAUGCUCAUUACGAUGAAAGCUGCAGUUCCACGCUUGCCAGCACGUUCAGCAAUGGUGCGAAGGAUCCCAACACCGGUGUGGCCACGACGGAUUUGUACGGAAAAUGCACCACCACGCACUCGGGAACUAGUGCGGCUGCUCCGGAAGCGGCAGGAGUUUUCGCUCUGGCCCUGGAAGCAAAUCCAUCCUUGUCCUGGCGCGAUAUGCAACACCUGACGGUGCUAACGUCGAAGCGAAACUCACUCUUCGAUGCGAAGAACCGAUUCCACUGGACGAUGAACGGUGUCGGGUUGGAGUUUAACCAUCUGUUCGGUUUCGGUGUCCUCGAUGCCGGUGCGAUGGUUGCAUUGGCGAAAAAGUGGCGAACGGUUCCACCCCGGUAUCACUGUGAAGCCGGAGCCAUCACCCAGAUCCACCGGAUACCGUCGUCGGGCUCGCUGUACUUGCCGAUUAAGACGAAUGCGUGCAAGGGCACGGACACGGAAGUACGCUAUCUGGAGCACGUGCAAGCGGUCAUCACGGCAAACGCAAGCAGACGUGGCGACUUGGAGCUGUUCCUCACGUCACCAAUGGGCACUAGAUCGAUGAUACUGAGUAAACGCGCCAACGAUGAUGAUCGCCGGGAUGGUUUUACCAAGUGGCCGUUCAUGACGACGCACACCUGGGGCGAAUAUCCUCAGGGCACGUGGAUGCUGGAGGCCACGUUUAACUCGCAGGACAGCCGCUCCGGAUGGAUCAAGGAGUUUUCGCUCGUCCUGCACGGCACAAAGGAUCCACCCUACCAAACGCUGUCGCCGGCAUCGCCCCACUCGAAGCUGGCCAUUGUAAAGAAAGCGCACGAGGAUAAGGACGGCAACUGAGCUGGCAUUCUACCGUCUACGGACAUUGCAUGCAAACACACGUACGCGUGCGUACACACACCGACACACAACACACACGUUCGACAAAUACGCUCUAGCGGUGUCCUGGCUGGCACCGUCGCACACCUAUAGAUAUACAUUAUAUACAGAUAUAUUUAUACAUAUGGAUGUUUGUAGUAUUUAUGUUACUGGAGGGUAGCUGAGAAGAAUAUCUUACCUAUAGAGCAGCUUCCAUCAUCUAAUCAAAUGAAGCAAGAGCAACAAGAAAAAAAAAACCAACAAACAAAAACGAAACAUCCUCUGGCAGCAUGAACUGGCACCGAAACUAAAACAUCCGUUUCUUUGCUGAGCUGAGUGAAUUGAAGCCGCUUGGAUGGAGGGGUCCUUUUUUGUGCUGGAACCGGGUAAAUCGUGUCCAGGCAGGGUUAGGGCUAGUGCAGGGCGACGAGGGCGAGCGGAAGCGAGAGAAAAACACCCACACAAACACACACACACACAGGCGCGUGUCGUCUAGCGGCAACUGGUUCUGAUUGUUGUCUAUUUAUACGAGCCGAAUGAAGCCGAAAUCCGUUGUUUUCGAUUGAUAGUUAUGGUUCCGUUCGGAAUUUCCUUUGUCCAUCCGUUAGUUCGUGUCAUCUCCAUCGGACGUCCUCUAAGCGCAUUAAUUUGUACAUAGGCGUAUAAAAUACAGUGCUACUAUAUAUUUACUAAAACCUAUUUACCGUCAGUCAUGAUUUCCUAACACUACUACCGAGUACGUUUGGUCGUGCGUAGAAGCUACGGCGGCCACACCUCGUUCAAUUCAGCAACAGCAGCAGCAGCAGCAGCAGCAGUAGCAGCAGCAACAAUGGCAACAACAGUAGUAUCACCAAUUGCACUAAAAAAGAUCAGUACCAUCGACAGCUAAAGUCACUGUAUGAAUAAAUAAACUUCAUCUUUGAUACCAUAAAUAAAGGAAUGCAUUUGAACACCUAGUG